AUUGAUGUCUUCAAGAACAGUCUCGACUGAGGUACGUCCGAAUGGGUCAACGUUCGAUUAUGUUUCAUAUCGUGUACAAUUCGACAUGAAAAAAGCCAUUCUUGUCUGGUAAGAUGCUAGCGGGCCCACUGAGAAAAUGUAGAAGGAUCUGGACUGGUUUGCUUUUUUGCGCUUCAAUAGUGUUGUUAGUGUUAUGGAUCGUUUCCUCUAGACAUAAUGAAAUACAUCCUAAACACAUUUUCAGGAAAAACAAUCAAGAAGAAUACAUAGAUAAAAAUGGCGUGAAAGUAGUUAUAGGCCAUUAUAUUGGCAACCCUGUAAGAAAAAUUCCAAAUGCUACAUACGACAUGAUUAACUCGAACAAUUUCAACCCGCAACCAAACGCAGGAAGAAACGGAAAUCCGGUCAUAAUUGAGCCGAAGGAUUUACUGGAAAUGCAACAACUGUUCCAAAUAAAUCGAUUUAACUUGUUAGCUAGCGAUAAAAUCCCUUUGAAUCGAUCGCUCCCCGACUACAGACGAAAAAAGUGUGAAUCGAAAUUUGAUGAUUACCUAACUUAUCCAAAAACAAGCGUAAUUAUCGUUUUCCAUAACGAAGCUUGGUCGACUUUACUGCGAACCGUAUGGAGUGUAAUCAAUCGUUCUCCUCGUCAAUUGCUAUCGGAGAUUAUUUUAGUGGACGAUGCCAGUGAAAGAGCGUUCCUAAAGCGUCCUCUGGACCAAUACGUCUUAUCCCUGCCAGUAAAGACGCUGAUUCUACGUAGCACUCAGCGCAUAGGCCUAAUAAAGGCACGACUUAAAGGAGCUAGAAUCGCUACGGGAGAAGUGCUAACAUUUCUGGAUGCACACUGCGAGUGCACGCAAGGAUGGCUAGAAAGUCUAUUAUCUGUGAUAAAAAAUGAUAGAAAAACUGUCGCUUGUCCAGUUAUAGACAUUAUUCACGAUGAUUCGUUUGCAUAUAUCAAAAGCUUCGAGCUUCAUUGGGGAGCUUUUAAUUGGAACUUACAGUUUAGAUGGUAUACACUGGGUGGUCGAGAGAUGUUUCAAAGAAAAAUAGAUGCAACUACACCGUUUCCUUCUCCAACCAUGGCUGGUGGCCUUUUUGCCAUUGACAAAAAGUACUUUUUUGAAAUCGGGUCAUAUGAUGAGAACAUGAAUAUUUGGGGCGGCGAAAACUUGGAGAUGUCUUUUAGAGUCUGGCAGUGCGGUGGGAGAAUUGAAAUUGCUCCCUGUUCACACGUGGGUCACAUUUUUCGGAAGUCCUCACCAUAUUCAUUUCCUGAAGGCAUUAAUAAAACGCUCUUUGCCAAUCUAGCCAGAGUGGCAUUGGUUUGGAUGGAUGAAUGGGCAAAUUUGUAUUUCAAGUACAACGAGCAUGCGAGACUAAUGAAGCAGAGUCAGGAUGUUACUUCGAGAUUGGCGUUACGAAAACGACUCCAAUGCAAGAGCUUUGAAUGGUAUUUGGACAAUGUUUGGCCGCAGCAUUUCUUUCCGAAAGAUGAUCGCUUUUUCGGUCGGGUGAGAAAUGUUGAGGAAGAUUUAUGCCUUUGGAAACCGGAAAGGAAAGGACUUUCCAAUCAACCUAUGGGUCUAGCUAAGCUUGAUAGAUGCUUGGAAGAUGACGUACCUGAAGAAAUGUUUGUGAUGACUCAAGACGGUUUCAUCAUGACCGAUGAUUCCAUUUGUCUGGAUGCACCUGAAAAAGAAGGUUUGGGUCCAAUGAAAGUGAGAAUCAUGGCAUGUAGCUCGUAUUCUAGACAGAAAUGGGAAUAUGACAAACACAGUCAAGAAUUGCGGCAUUUGACAAACAAAAAAUGCUUGGAUACGUAUAGUUCCGAAUUACUAGUAGAUAGCUUAAUUAUUAAGGAUUGCAAUGGGAAAGAUAGUCAAAAAUGGAAACUGGAAGCCGUAAAUUGGAAAUAGAUCCGCAAAAAGGCAAAGAUGUUUUCUGUACAUAUAAAAAGUAAUUUGCAACGCAAUCGAAAGAAAGCAAGCAUAUUUCAAGAGAUUUGUACAUUGUUGUCCUGAAUAAUUUAAAAUUAUAAAUGUCACAGAACACAGAUAUUAACAAGAACAUGAAUACAUAUGUUAAAAGAGGCAAAAAGAAAAACUCAGCCUGCUCGUACAUAAACACUUUUUGUACAAUUUCAUACAAAUUUUACCUGUUUUCAAUAUUGCGGAAGUAUCAAUUUUGAGCCUAAGAGCUCUAGCUAAAAGAGUCUAUUUUUUGCCCUCUGGAAUUUGCAGAAAGUCAGCUAUAAAAAUUCUAACAUUAUUAACCCAGAUUUACAAAAUUAUUUGCAACGCAAUCGAAGGAAAACAAACAUAUUAGCAAGAAUAUGCAGAUGUUAAAAGAGGCAAAAUGCUAAAAAAAUCAGCGUGCCCUUACACUAAAACUUCUUUGCCUAAUCUAAUGCAAACUUUACUUUUGUUAAGGUGAAACUUUUAAUUUUGCGUCUAGGAGCUGAGAAACUUAUUGUUUUGCCUUCUAUUUGCAAAACAUUGCAUUGUUAUCUGAAGCCAUGAAACUAUACGAGUCUCUUAAUAUAUCUUAUUACAUUAAGAGCAAGAAGUACGAUUUUUUUAGAGCAAAAAAGUCGCUUUUACUUACCAACUUAGAAUUAAUAAUAAUAAAUACAAAUAAAAUUAAAGUCGCACUAAUCAAA